AUGAUUCUAGCGAAAGUACAUUAAGCGAUUGUUCUGGGAAGCAUUGCUGUAAUGGCAAGGAUCCUUGCGGAUUUGUUUUACCAAAUCCUUCUACAGAAUACUCCAGUAGCCUGGAUACCAUCAGCACAGCUCAAGCACCCACUACCGCCAGCUUCGACAACCACGAGUUUCGACUCCUCCAUAUAACUUUAAAAGUGGGGUUCAGGGUCUGCUGUGCAGGGUGUGGGCCUCUGAACAAACUUCCUGGUCUUUUGAAAACUUUCCAAGAGGUCUCAAGUGUGCAGAUUCAUCACAAAUCUUCACAAGUGGAAUUCUAUCUCAAGGAGUCGUCGGUGCUCAAUGAGAAAAACUUGGUUGAGGUUCUUGGUCGGAGGGCUCCUCAGUGCACAUUUGAGAAAAUAGCAUUUGGACCUGGCUUUGAACUGAUAGUUGAUGGGGAUGCCUCUGGGUAUACAACAGGAUAUCCAAACGGCGUGACAGGUGUUGUUAAGAUUGGGAAGAACAGUAUUCUUGUAAAUUAUGAACCGACGGUUAUUGGCGCAAGAACGGUCCUCUCACACCCCUUUUUUCGCAAUCCCAUUCUUGCCCCACGAUCGCCACCCCUUCAGAUAUCGAAGGAAAAAUCAAAAUUGCGCAAGUUGGUACUAGUUUCCGUUCUCUCGGCCGUUUUUACGACGCCUGUUCUUGUUCUGGCCUACACAGGAGAACACAUCUACAAUGAAGUACGAAGGGGAGCGAUUGAAUUGGCCUUGGCAACAGUCGUUCAAUUUGGUAUUGGGGGUUUCUUUUACAAAACGGCCUACAAAGAUUUUCGUUCCACUGGUAAACCAGGAAUGGAUAUGCUUGUUGUUCUCUCAACGACUACCGCGUACAUAUGUUCGGUUUCUGCCUAUAUAUCUUUGGCCUUGGCCCAUCCAUUCUAUCUGAAGCCAUUUUUCGAGGUCAGCACACUGCUAGUGACUCUCAUCAUGGCUGGAAAAGCCAUUAGUGCAUUUGCUCAUCAGAAAGCCCUGGAUUCGAUAUCCAUGGAAUCACUCCAACCCUCGCUGGCGAACCUAACUACCGGUCCCGAACCCAGCAACGAAGUUCUGCCGAUAGAUGUGCGCCUGCUGGAAUACAACGACGUAUUUGUCAUUCGCCCGAAUGAAACCAUAAUUACUGACGGCUGCGUCAUUUCUGGCGAAUCAGAAAUUGACGAAUCAAUGGUCACAGGAGAAUCAGCUUUGGUUCAUAAAACAGAAAAUUCAAAGGUCAUCGCAGGCUCGGUUAACCAUUCGGGGAUAUUGAAGGUUCGCGUUUCUCGCUUGGUCCAUGAGAAUACCAUCAAAACCAUUGGCGAUAUGGUAGAUGAAGCGAAAUCGUCGAAAUCCAAAAUUCAGGAUACUGCCGAUCUUGUUGCUAGGCAUUUUGUCCCCGUGAUUUUUACCAUCACCUUGGCUGUUUUCACUAUCUGGUCUAUUGUUGGUGUCUUGGUGCACAAAAAGAGUCCAGCAGAUGCAUGCUUCAUCGCGGCUUCUUAUGCUAUUUCAACACUGGUUGUUUCUUGUCCAUGUGCUAUUGGCCUUGCAGUUCCCAUGGUAAGUCAGUCAUAAUUGCACCUUAAUUUAAAUAAAAUCUUUAUGUAUAUAUAUACACAUGUGAAUCUAAUGCUUUUAGGUUGUCGCCAUCGCAGGAGGCGUAGGCGCGAAACACAGUUUAAUUUUGAAAACAUCUCAGACUAUGGAGAUUGCCCGAAAGACCACGCAUGUUAUAUUUGAUAAAACUGGAACUCUGACAGAAGAAAAGGUCUCUGUGGUCUUCGAAGAUUAUUCAAAAGACAAGUCUGAACAUAUCGCAUCUAUCAUACAUGCGACCUCUGCAGUCAGCGUUCAUCCUACAAGUAGCGCCAUGGUCGCACAUUUCAACGAAGGCAAGGUCGAUUGUGCACCACUGGAAGCGGCAACCUUCAUUCCAGGAAAGGGCGUGGAAGCUAAACUGGAUGGGGAAGUAGUUCGAGUUGGAAACCCAUACUGGCUAGGUGUUGAAGCUUCUCCCGCUGUGUUAGAGGCAUUGCGCCGCAAUUUGUCAAUAUGCUGUAUUAGUAAAAAUGAUCAGCUCCUGGCAACAUUCGGACUCCAAGGCCGACUUCGCAAAGAUGCGCUACAAACAAUCAAAGAGUUGCAACGACGUUCUAUUUCUGUCUCAAUCAUCAGCGGUGACAACGAGCCAGCUGUCCAAGCGCUAGCUUUACAAGCUGGUAUUCCAUCGCAAAAUACACAUUCUCUGUGUAACCCCAGCGGAAAACGAGACUACAUCUCCGAGCUUCAAAAAGACAAAAGCAACGUAGUGUUAUUUUGCGGCGACGGCACAAACGACGCCAUAGCAUUAGCUCAAGCCAACAUAGGAGUUCACAUGAGCGGGGGCACGGAAGUAGCGCAAGAUGCCGCAGAUGUCGUUCUGAUGCGGCCUUCUCUGGCUAGCAUCAUUAGCCUGAUCGAUCUCUCCAAAGCCUUCCAUAGACGUGUACUCUUCAACUUCAUUUGGUGUUUCGUCUAUAAUAUCUUCGCGGUCAUGUUGGCGGCGGGUGCUUUCCUUGUUUUUAGGAUACCACCCCAGUAUGCUGGGCUAGGGGAGGCUGUCAGUGUUUUGCCUGUUAUUUUUGUUGCGGUUUCGUUGCGGUGGGCGGAGUUUUAGUUUUGUUGCAUCUUACUUUUCUUUAUGCG